AAUGACAUAUGACAUUGAUUAAAGAAGAGAUGAAGUUUUUGUUUAUGUAUGUUUUGAUUUCUGCUGGACUUUUCCCAAACAUAUUUAAUAUAUUGAAUUACAAUCCACUAAAUAUUGUAUUUUAUCAUUCUAUUUAAUAAACUCAAUUCAAAUUACCUAAUCAUAUCGUGUGUGGAAAUUUCAUGAAUGUUGAGUUAUGGACACACAAAACUCACAUCUAUUAACUGAAACUGAGAUUAAUUCUUGUCCCAGGAAACACAAAAAACAUAAAAGGGACAAGGAAGAUCGUGACGAUAAGCCCCAGCUCAAACUAAUCUUAAAGGCAAUGUCUGAAAAGUAUGCAUGCGUUGGCUCCAAUAAUACCCCUGAGCACGAAGAUGAUUAUACUCGAGCUGGAGUGUCAAUCUUGAAUGAGGUCGAUGAUGCUGGAUUACUGAUAGAUCAAAAUGAUCCAACUUAUGCUCUGUACCGAGCGCAUCAUAAGAAAUCCAAAAAGAAAAAGAAGAAGAAGGAUAAAAGCAAGGACAAAGACAGAGAGAAGAAACACAAACACCAUCAUAGAGAGAAAAAGCGAAAAAGAGAUGAAAUGGAAGACGGAGAAAACAUUGAAGACAUGGACACGUCUCUCGGAGUGUACCCUUUGGAAGGCUCACCAAAUACUCAUCGGGAACCUCGAACUUGUGUCAUUAAGAAGAUUCAAGAACGAACGUCUUUGUCUAAAGCAUUAGACCAUCUUUUGACAAUGCUGGAAAAAAAGGACCCGCAGAAUUUUUUUGCGUGGCCUGUUACUGACGCAAUUGCUCCCGGUUAUUCCAAGAUCAUUUCAAAACCCAUGGAUUUCAGUACUAUGAGACAAAAGGUCGAGGAUGGCCAGUAUAAUAAUUUGAAGGAAUUUACAGACGAUUUUCACCUGAUGUGUGAAAACGCUAUGAAAUACAAUCACGCCGAUACUGUAUAUUAUAAAGCAAGCAAAAAAUUAUUGCAAGCUGGACAAAAAAUAUUGCAGACAGAUAAAUUGGGCUGGCUUUUACAGAUCGCACCAGAGUUAACAGAAGCUGAACUAGGCUUUGAAGUAACUCCUGAAAUGCGUGCCUCGGUUAAUAGACCCGAUGAUGCAGAAACCCAGAUUAAAACUGAAAAUAAAGAACCUCCAACACCCGAAGAAAUUCUAGCUCAAGCCAAAGCUGCUGCUCGUUUAGCUAGGGCUCGACUGAAAGGUUAUGGACCUUCUAUGGGAUACAUUAGAUCACGUCGAGAGGGAGUUGCUCAACUGGCAAUUCUAGUUGGAAACAAUAUGGGCAAGAAGAAAGGUGUCGCACCUCUGGGAUCCGUAGUAGGACGAUUAGCAGAUGGAACCGCACAUUUGCAGGGGUUUAGAGAGGAUCGGAGAAACACGGCUCGAGCAGUCAAACCGCUGUAUUAUGGAGCUUUUGGUUCAUAUGCACCCAGUCACGAUUCGGCUUUUGCUAACCUGACUAAAGAUGAAUCAGCAUUAGUCAUGAGAACUUAUGGAAGUGAUCAAGCUGUUCAAUAUGCGGAGUCUGUACAAGACUUUGUGAAAGGAUGCGAUUAUGCAGAGUGUUUGGUCGAUUCAUUAUUAGAUCUGCUAACUGGAGGUGACCAUAGUAAAACUAAGACUAGCCUAGAGGAAGGUAAAAGACUUAAGGAUGAAGAAGAAGCCGUAAGGACUGUGUUAGAAACGCCUCCCACUGAUACAGUGAAAGUUAAUGUCGAUGAGCUAAAAUCACUUAAUGAGUUUGGUAUUGACGUGAAGUUCCUGGACAGUAUGGAAGACGAAAUCAAACAAACUGAAGAGCAACAUGAAAUGCAACAAAAACUGAACGACAUGUGUCAGUUAUUGGAAAAACUGCAGAAAACACAGUAUGAAAGAUUGUCGCAGCCACCACCGCUAUCGCUGAACAAUCUGUCAGGUCCAACAAGAGAAGAGACCACAAUAGCAGAACAAUGCGUUGAUGGUUUAACUGAAAUAACGAAAAAAGUCACACCGGCAGCAGUUGCUCCCGUACCCGCCAUUAGGAGAGCUCUGGGUGUACCCGUUGCUCCAUCUGUGCCUGAUCCUGAAACAGAUUUGGAGUUGGAACUCAGACAACUAUUAGAACAAGCACAACAACCAGCUCACCUAGAAGCCGAUAAUGCGAUUGAAGAUAUUCUAAUGGAUUAGAAUGACUUGCCGAAUUGCACGUUUACAAAGUGUACGUCCACAACACGCUCCUACUAUUUGUGUUAAGAUAUUUCAUUUCAGGAGUUAGGUUUGAAAUGUUUUGAAAUAUAACCAGUGUGUUAUGGAGUAAA